AUGCGCAGCCCAGGCGCGGCAAUUCGACUUGGAAGCCAGGAUGAGGUGCCGGAACUCCAAUCCCUCAGAAGGCUGCGCUCGAAGUCAUCGUUCUCGAAGUCGCAGAGUUCGGCAGGUGAAGUCCAAGAUGCUCUGGCACCAUACUGGCAGGCAUGGCAGGAUCAACCGCAAAAAGCGACGGUGGUUUUGCGGCGACUUGCUGAGGAGAAGCUAGCUUUGGCACUUGUAGUUCUGGAGUGUAUGGGGCAAAGCCAAGUCGAAACCAACAUCUGGCACUGGAAUCCUGUUAUCUUCGAAAUGUCCAAGACGGAUGAAUGGCAGCGUAGUUUGGAACUGCUUUUGUUGGCCAUGCGCUCUGAAAUCCUUCCAGAUAUUCAGAGUUUCAGCUCAAUUUGCAACGCAGCCAGCCGAGCAGAGGCAUGGCAACUAGCGAUAGAUGCUCUACGGGAAAUGUCCCGAGUGCAGCUGCAGGUAGACGAACGGAUUCAUAACAUCAUCGCAAGCAGCUGCAAAUCGCAAUGGGUGUUGGCACUGAGUUUGUUGGAGGACAUGCCGACUUUGGGCCUGUAUCCAGAUGCGAUCACUUUGAGCACGGCCUGUAGCACUCUAAGUGGUGCCCAGUGGAGCAUGGCUCUGAAUUUGUUGGAGGCAAGUGGACGCCAUUUCGUGGAAGUGGAUGUCACGAACUAUGGCGCCACCAUCGAUGGGCUGGGGGAAACGAAUUGGCUGCGGGUCGUAGCGCUUCUGGAUAAAAUCAUGCGAGCAGGGUUGCAAAUAAAUCUGCCGACCUUCAAUGCCGCAAGUGCAACUUUGACAAAGAGGUAUUGGCCCACUGCUUGCAGCCUGCUGUUGUGGAUGCAACGUAGAGCUGCCAUCCUGAACCAGAUCACCUAUACCUCCCUGGCUCGACUGAACAGUGAGGAGGUUGAGGCAUGGCAGAAAGGGAUUGGCUUCUUUGACACGGCCAUGAAAGCGGACUUGCGGCCGAACAUUUUCUUAUGCAAUUCAGCCAUCGCAACCUUCAAUCUCAGCACCUGGGAAUCUGCGCAGAUUCUCUGGAGCAGCAUGCCUGCGAUGAAAGUGGAGAGGGAUGCCAUCUCCUAUAGCUUCAUGGCCUCGCAUUCUAUCCAAUGGCAGUGCUGCUUGUCCGAUAUGCAGCGACAGAUGAUUCGUGCUGGCACCUUGACCCAGAACUCCAAUCACUGCUGGGAGAUGAACCUCCAGCAGUUGGUUGCAGAUGGCCCUGGCCCUGAUGGAAUGGGAAGUCUCAGUGAGCGCUGGGAUCUGGCUUCGGCUGCGAUGCAUAGGUUGGUGGUGGAAGGCGUUGAGCCGCGCUCUACACAGUUGGUCCAUGCUUUCACUAAAGCUGCUCACUGGCGAGCAGCGUUGAAGCUUGGAGAUGUCUAUACACAGCAUUUGACUCCCUUGACAUAUAGUUCCAUCAUGGGUUCCAUCUUGCGAGGCCAUUGGAACUUGAACCUGGCAUUCUUGGAUCAAAUCGAGAUGCAACGGCUGGAAGUCAACAGCUUCAGCUAUGGAAACGUGCUACGAGUCCUUCGGCCAGUGCAAUGGCUGGAGGUCACUACUUUACUUCAUGGGAUGCAGCAGCGACGCAUUGAAGUGAACGAGGUCUGUUGCUCCUCAGCGGUGUCCUGCUUCGUCCGUUGGGGCCUCUGGCCCCUUGCACUGGCCAUGGCGGCCAUGGCUUCGGGGCGGCAUGGUCCAACAAGGACUGCUGUGCUGGCAUCCUGCGCUGAGUCGACACAGUGGCAAAUGGCCCUACGCUUCUUUAGACGAGGUUCUGCAGAUGAAGUCGCCUAUGCCGCAGUGAUUACAAGCUGCUCUGAACAUUGGAGGAGGAGUUUGUGGCUGGUGCACUGCAUGAGCCGGGCCCGUGACACCAUAUCGCAGAAUGCUUUCAAUGCGGGGAUUGGUGUGUGUGGGAGAUCCAAGUGGACAUGGGCAAGUUUUCUUCUGGAGCUCAUGUGGCAACAUCGUGUGCAUCCAGAUGCGUUGAGUCUGCAAGUGACCGUGGAUGCUGUCAGCAUGCAAGAGCUAUCUCCAAGAUCAUUGCCUUCCCUUCUGAGAGACUUGCAGGCCCGACCCGUAGCUCUCCUAGCCAAGCAAUGCGAAGCAGAAAAGAUGAACUGA